CCAUCUAUUUUAAAAAAUAAAAAAAUAUCCCUACAAACAAUCUCUCCUCCCCAAACAACUCUCAACAAUUCGCCAUUACAAUCAUCAUCACAAACCCCUAAGCUCCAAAAAUCCCCAAAAUCACUUAACCCCAACCCUAAUCUCAUGGACCAAGAAGACGAAGAUUCAUCAAUCUCGCCCGGUCCCACCGCAAACCCUAAGCCUAACCUCAAUCUCUACCACCGUAUCAUCAACUCCCCCGUCUUACAUUCCUCCAGCUCCCUCGAGAUACGCUUGUUCUACGUGCGCAUCACUCCCUGCGCCGUCGAUUACGUCCCCGAUCACCUCACUCUCUGCCACCUCCGCCGCGAAAUCGGCGUCUCGCUCGAUAUCAAUUCCGUUAAGAUUCCGGCGUCGGAGAGGUCCGCGAUUGCGCUGCGGCGAGACCGUGUCGAUAAGGAGAAUGCGGAGGUUACUUAUGUGAGUACUGAUAGUGUGAGGGUUACGGGGGCGGUGGAGUUCGAGGUGUUGGAGGAGGAGGAGAUGGUGUUGUGUGGGUCGUUGGAGAGGAUUGAGGGGAGUUGGAGUGGGGAGGUGGGGAGUGGGUGGAGUAUGGAUUGUUAUAUCGGUGGGAUUGCGAAUGGGAGUGGGGAUUCCGCGUUUUUUAAGCCAAAGCUGGGGAUUUCGUCGCCGUCGAUUGAGGUUUAUAUUGCGGGGUGUUGUUCUGGGGUGCCGGUUAUUUUGACUAAGACGAUUCAGGUGAGUCCGAGGAAGAAGAAUGUUAGGCAUGGGAUGCUGGACGCUAUUCCGGAGGAUGAGGAGGUGGAUAAGGAACGGAGGAAUGGGAAUGGGCUGGUUCAGAAUUUGAAAAUCCCGGUCACAGAUGCAGAAGUUGAUGAUUACGAUCCUGAUGGUAAAUUUGGACAGAGUUACUACUCAGAUGAUAUGUACCCUGUUGAGGAUGGCCAGCUUACUUGGUUUAAUGCGGGUGUAAGAGUUGGUGUAGGAAUAGGGCUUGGGAUGUGUCUUGGUGUUGGUAUUGGUGUAGGACUGCUCAUGCGCUCAUAUCAAGCAACAACCCGUAAUUUUAGGAGGCGUUUUUUUUGAACUUCUCUUCCCAGUUGGUGAGUGACAGUUGUGUAACAAAUAAUCAUGAACAGUAGUACUGCGUUGCUGAUGCGUGGGAUUAUGGAAGAUAUUAGUUUAUGUGGGUAAGCUGUUGUAAGUGUCAUGAGGCAGGCACUAUGCACCACAUCCUUGGUUUACUUGCAUGGUUCUUUAAUGAAAAGAUGGCUUGGCUUGUCAUCUCACGAGCUUUGGUACAGAAAAAUGUUUGGUUUAGAUGAGAACUUCUGGGACGGAUAUACAGUGACAUAAUGCUUCUUCCAGUCAAGUACUACUGCACCAGGCCAGGGUAGAAUUUUUCUACAGGGGGAGGUGGUAUGCGUUGUUGUCUUCUCUUUUGUAAAGUUUAAUGUGAUUAUCACUGCGGGAAGAGAUACUUUAAAAGAUUUUGUAGGUUUGAUUCUGCGAUUUCUGUAAAAGUUGCAGAAUAGUGGUUAGUUCUGUUAUGCAUUAAUCUUACCAUCCUUUUCUUUGUUUCUCUGUUUGUUAAAUUUGUAAUACUAGUUGCACUGUAAAAAUAAAUAAUAGUGCCAUACCAACUCUUGAAUAAAAUCUUUCACUGGAGUUGAGAUGUUA